ACCACUCUUAAGCAGCAUUAACCUCCAACCAAACCAUAACUAACUAGCUUCUUAAUAAUUACUACUCACACUCUCUUCCUAUCACUUUCUCCCUUUCUUUCUUUCUUUCUAUCUCUAUCUCUAUCUGACAACGAGAAUGUACACAUACAAAAUGAAAACCACGCAUUCCUCUCUUAUAAUAGCUUAGCCUAAUAUCUCUUCUACUGUCACUGCCCAGGUUUCUCUUUCUCUGCAUGAUUCUCAAAUUACUAUCACGGGAAACCACUUAUUAUUAUAAUUAUUUAUUAUAUUUAUUAUAUAUAAUAUGUUCAGAUGAUGGAAAAAUCCCAAACCCUAGCUAGUUCUUGAAUCUCACAGUACUGUUUUGAAAGAAAGAAAAAAAAAAUCUUACUCUGAUCUGUUGCAAGAUCCAACCGUAAAAUCUGUAGAUCUUACAGAGUGUAGGCAUGGAUUUGGUUUCUGAAUCAUCACCACCAGCAUCAAACGCCACAGUUCCGACAACCACCACCGUCAACGGUGUUGGCGGAGGAGGAGGAAGUAACAGCGUUGUAGCCGUUUCUUCAUCUUCAUCUUCUUCUUCUUCUCCUUCAUCGAGCCGUUAUGAGAACCAAAAGCGGCGAGACUGGAAUACGUUCUGUCAGUACCUCCGCAACCACCGUCCGCCGCUCUCGCUGAACCUCUGCAGCGGCGCACACGUGCUCGAGUUCCUUCACUACCUCGAUCAGUUCGGAAAAACGAAAGUUCACAACCAUAACUGCCCCUUCUUCGGCCUCCCGAACCCUCCGGCGCCCUGCACCUGCCCGCUCCGCCAAGCCUGGGGCAGCCUCGACGCCCUCAUCGGCCGGCUUAGGGCGGCCUAUGAGGAGAACGGCGGCAGGCCGGAGUCCAACCCGUUCGGCGCCAGAGCAGUUAGGAUUUACCUUCGUGAUGUCAGAGAUUUUCAGGCCAAAGCUAGAGGAGUCAGUUAUGAGAAGAAGAGGAAGAGGCCGAAGCCGAAGGUCAACAAUAAUGACGGUGCCAUGGCCGCCGCUGCCACUACUACUACUUAAUGAAAUGAAACGAAAUGUUUCGUCAACAGGUGGCUUUAUUUGUUGCCUUCUAUAUCUAUCUAUCUAUCAAGUCGUGUCUUCUAAUUCUGUACCUUCUCCAUUUAAAGAGUUUUUUUGAGAUGGAAUUUUAUUGUUCUUAGCUUCUUGUUGUGAGUUGGGAGUAAGAAAUAAUGGAUAUAGUAGUGGAAAUGAGUUUACAACUGCCAUGAAUUUCUGCAUCU